AUGGCAAUGAAGGUGAUGGAUAAAGACAGGACCAGUCAGCAGUCUUUCCUCCAUGAAUUCAGCAUUUCGUACUUUCUUUCUGCUCAUCAAAAUAUCAUCGGAUCUUGUGGCUUAUUCUUCUCCACCAUCGACUACUUCAUCUUUGCCCAAGAACUGGCCCCUGCUGGUGAUCUGUUCUCCAUGAUUUUUCCAAAUGUGGGAAUUCCAGAAGCUGCAGUAAAGAGGUGUGCUGUGCAGAUUUCCAGUGCUCUCGAGUUCAUAGCGGAAAAAGGACUCGUCCACAUGGACCUGAAGCCAGAAAAUGUCUUGGUGUUUGACCGGGACUGCCAUUGUGUCAAGGUUACAGACUUUGGCCUUGCUAAGGUCAAAGGGACAGUAAUUAUAGCCAGGUGUGGCAGCAAACACUACAUGGCCCCAGAAUUGCAUGAGAUGACCAUUUCCAAUGGACUGGUUGUAGAUGGCAGUUUUGAUGUGUGGGCAUUUGGUGUAGCCAUAUACUGCCUCCUCACAGGGGAGUUUCCAUGGCAAGUGGCCAACCUUGAUGAUGAAGGAUACAAAGAGUUUGUUGACUGUCAAAACACUUUUCAGACAGAUGAUCCUCCUGAAGCAUGGAGAAAGGUUCCCACUGGGAUACGAAGGAUGUUUUGUGAUCUUUUGGCAAUUGAUUUUACCAGAAGAGGUCAAACAACGGAAGUCUUCAACACCUGA